AUGGCUGAUAGGAGCAAUUAUUUCCGUGUAGUUGAGGAAAGUACUCUAGCAGCGCAAGGUCACAAAGGUUUUGAACCUUCAUUCAUUUCUACUGCAAAUAUCAAUUUGUUGGAGGAAUUUCUUGUUUUUUGCAAAUCCAAGAAAAUGAAUGAGGCAAAUGGAGUCCCCCGAGAAGUUAAUGGAGUUUGUAAUGAUCAAGAUAAGGCUAAUGAUGAAUCAAUGGGAUUCAGGGAGAAGCUUACUAUGUAUUUUGGUGAUUUUUUGCCUGAAAAUAAUGCAAGUGAAUCCAAAGAAGCAAUUAAAUCUGGUGAUGGCAAUUCAAUGAAGAAUCCCAUUUUGGUCCUGGAUACUCCUUUAGCGAUGGCUCAUAGCAAUUCUCAAUCUAGGAAUGUUCCUAUUAUGAACAAGAAAGCUAAACUUGAAUCUCGUGCCAAUCAGUUGUUAAAUGCUCCUAAGGCAUGUCCUGAUGUUGAAGUUUUGGGUGCCCCAAGUGUCAGAGACCGUUGCAUGCAAUUAGGAAAGUUAACUGAUGGUCUAUAUAAUAGAAGAACUUUCGGUGCUAUGCGAGCCCCCCCAACAAUUGACGAAGAAAAGUUAACAGGGGUUAGCCCAGAAGUCAGUGUUGCUGUUAGUAGGCCUCAAGAUCAUAUUACAGGUGGACAUCGUUUUUCUAUAACUGACGAAGAAAAGUGUUUCUGUAAUAUUAUUUACAGACUAGCUCACAGCCAAUGGAGCUGUAUGAAGGCAGUUGAAUUUGCCAAGACCAAGACCAGUGUUACGUGUUGUUCUUCAGGUCAAUCUGUGCAACCUAUGGAUAAAGUCGACAAUUUUUUCGUUGAUGUUAUGUGUCGUAAAUUUUUUGAGGAUCAGCACCCAAGGCAGUCCAAGAAACAUUUCUUCUAUCCAAAAGUUGGGGGUUGUCUUUACACCUACAAUUGCGACUAUGACAUUGACACAGUGAAGAAUUGUUUUCUUGGAGCCAACUCUGCUUACAAGCUGCAUUUUGUUGAUUGUGGUAUAUAUGCUUUGAAGUUCAUGGAGUUAUGGGACAGAAACAUCGAUCUCACGCGCAUGAUUGACCAAUCUGAUAUCCCCAACAUACGGGUGAAGCUUGCAGUUGAUUUGUUCUUUAGCAAAGCAAACUGCAUUGAUAAAUCACUUGUACUAAACUUAUAUGAGCAGGGUGUUGAUCCUCGUGUCUGUACUUAG